UUCCUCUUCUUCAUCAGGCCACAGGUAUGGUUGGAGUUGCCCUAACUCUCUUUUGCAGAAGGGCUUCGGAAUGUCUUUUUGCCUUAUACUCAGCUAGGGUUUUCGAGAAAGAAGAUGGAUGGCAUUGAUAAUUGAGUGGAUCAUCCAUUUCAUGUAGAAUCAAUGGAGCUAGUGUCUCUUAACAGUGAGCCGGUGUUUGGGGAAGGCGAUGAAUACGAAGACGGAGACUGUUCAGUUACGGGAAACUGUGACAAACCUGACUCAGUGCACCUGGAAAGGGAAUUCCUUCUGCCUGUGGUGGGAUUGGAGUUUGAGUCUUUUGAUGAAGCAUAUGAUUUCUACAAUGUUUAUGCUAAGGGACAGGGAUUUGGGGUUAGGGUUAGCAAUUCAUGGUUCCGGUCAAAAACAAGGGAGAGGUAUAGGGCGAAACUCAGCUGCAGCAGUGCUGGUUUCAAGAAAAAGAGUGAAGCGAACAAUCCACGGCCGGAGACCAGAACGGGCUGUCCUGCAAUGGUCAUCAUCAAGCUUGUGGAUGCUCAUAGGUGGAGGAUAGUCGAGGUUGAGCUUGAUCACAACCAUCCAUUGAGCCCGGAGAGUAUGCGAUUCUAUAAAUCACACAAAAAGAUGAUUCUUGCUGCCAAGAAAGCGCUGCCGUCUGGACCUGUUAGAGAAGUACACACGAUUAAGCUAUACCGGACUGCAGUAGCGGAUGGUUUGUGUAAGGCGGAUACGAGAAACGAAAGGAACACGAUGGACAAUUCGAAGCAUCUAAUCCUCAAAGAAGGGGAUUCACUUGGAGCAUAUAACUACUUUUGUCGUAUGAAGCUGACGAAUCCAAACUUUUUUUAUUUGGUGGACCUUGAUGACGACGGGCGCUUGAGAAAUCUGUUCUGGGCCGAUGCCCGGUCCAGGAUUGCAUAUAACUACUUCUCUGACACCAUCAUGAUUGACACAACAUGCUUGACUAACAAGUUUGAGAUACCUUUGAUUUCCUUCGUGGGAAUAAAUCACCAUGGAGAAUCUGUUCUAUUGGGAUGUGGCGUACUCGGAGAUGAAUCAGUGGAGUGUUUUGUUUGGAUGUUUAGGACAUGGCUGACUUGUAUGCUGGGGAAACAUCCACAAGUUAUUGUUACUGAUCAGUCGAAACAUUUGCAUAUAGCAGUUUCUGAGGUUUUUCCACAGGCUUGUCAUUGUUAUUGUUUAUCUUAUAUCAUGCUUCGUGUUCCUGAGAAAUUGGGUGGACUAAAUGGGUUUGAAGUUAUCAAGAGGCGAUUCAGUAAAGCGGUUUUUGGUUCCCUGACAAUAUCCGAGUUUGAAACUUUCUGGGGGGAGAUGAUCAGUCAGCACAGCCUGAGGGAGAAUAAAUGGCUACAAGCAUUGUAUGAAGAUCGUCAAAGGUGGGCACCGGUAUACCUAAAGGACACUUCUUUCUUUGGGAUGCUCCCAAUCAGUGAGGGCGAGGGAACAACUCCGACUUUUGAUGGUUAUGUACACAAGCACACAUCCUUGAAGGAGUUCCUUGACAAGUAUGAUAUGGUGCUACAAAGAAAAUAUUUGAAAGAAGCAAUGGGAGAUGUUGAGUCCAGAAAUCUAGCCUCUGAACUGAAAACAGGAUCGAAUUUUGAGCUGCAGCUGUCGAAGGUGUACACGAAGGGAAUGUUUGAAAAAUGUCAGAUUGAAGUUGAGGGCAUGUAUUCUUGCUUCAACAUAAAGCAAGUAGCUAAAAACGGCCCGAUUCUGACUUUUGUUGUCGAACAGCGACAGGAAGCCGAAGCAAAUGAGAAGGACGUUAGACAUUAUGAAGUUCUUUAUGAGACAACACAGGUUGAAGUACGAUGCAUUUGUGGGCUUUUCAAUUUCAAAGGCUAUUUGUGCAGGCAUGCAUUAAGUGUCCUUAGUCACAAUGGUGUAGAAGAAAUACCAUCUCAAUGCAUUCUACGCCGUUGGAGUAAAGAUUACAAGCGCAAAAUUCUCUCAGACAGUGCCAUCGGUGAGGACAGUCCUUGGCAGUGGCAUGAAAAUCUAUUCCGGCGCUCCCUACAAGUUGUCGAGGAGGGGGCUCAAUCGGAAGAUCAUUAUGAAGCCAUGAUGCAAGAAAUGAACUCUUUGCUGACUGAAGUUAGUGUAAUGGACAAGAAUUAGUAUAUAUGCAAUAGCUGAUGUGUAGUAUAUAGGAGUAUGUUUUUGUGGUGUGUUGUUUCCUAAUCUUACUUGGAUAUAUACUAUUCCAUUGUUAGUAUCUCAAUUUUACAUAAUAA